GCCGGAUCUUAUCUCCAUCAAGACCCCUGCGUCGGGUACCGAUAAAGGUCCAUCUGGCAGAAAUUUGCUGCGGGCGGCAUGAACAGGCUCAGGAAAGAGCACGAAACACAUCCAAUAAGACACACAGGAAUACCACCCAGGGUUCCAAUUCCAGCCCUCUCGACGAACUUGGGUCUCGGAAACACGUUGCUUGGCCCCGUCUAGGUUUUAACCGUUGCUGUAGAAUCCCGCAGCCCCGUUUCUGACCACCCGUCCCCUCCCGCUGGGCCAAUUCCCGACAAGCCUCGUUCGCUGUGUUGUCCUGUCUCUCCCUCCAGUCGUCACCAUGUCCGCCCAUGUCCCAGCCUGGAAGCGAUUGGGCCUCAAGCUCAAGGGACCUUCAUCGGGCGAGGCUAUCCCCAGCUCGGCCGGCCCCAAUUCACGGGUAAAGCCCUCUGCGCAAACCCCCAACGCCCACCAAACCCGCGCAAACGGCAGUCCCGCGAGUGCGCUCAAAAGAAAGCUGCCAACCUCUGCGUCCACGUCAAACGCCGUCAAUGCGCAGACGCCGAAUAAGAAGCCGCGAAGAGAGAACCAAUCAGCAGCGGAGCCAGAAACACCGUCAUCAUUGAGGAAGUCCGUGUCGUUUGCCGACGACACCAAGGACAGCGCCAAGGAAAAGGCCGGACCGAAAAAGGCGAAGAGCAAGAAGGCGAAGAAGGCCAGCAACGCCACCAAAUCCGAUUUCAGCCUCGAGCCGUCUCUGAGUUACAUCCGCCAGUGGCACACGGCGAGGGAUUCGUGGAAGUUCAACAAGAACCACCAGACCCUGCUGAUCAAGUACCUCUUCGACGAAGACAAGGUGCCGUCAGCCGACAUCCCCAUCUUCUACCAGUACAUCCGCGAUCUGAAGGGCUUUGUACGGACAAGGCUACGGGAAACAGCGGCCGAGACCAAAAAGAAAGACAUGGAGGCCGGCGCCGGCGCAUUCCCGGCCACCCUCAAGGACAAGGAGACCAAACAAAAGGAGUACGAAGAGACAAUAUCCCGAUUCCUACAAGACCUACAACAGCACCAGCAACGCCGCCAGUCGAACAGCGACUCCAAGAACUCCAAUGGCAAACGCACCCUCGACGAGGUCGAAUACGUCCUGCGGGUCGCCACGCCCGAGAUCAAGCAGCGACUAUUGAAGCGGAUCCGAGCGGAGCUGGUGGUGGACGAGCUAUCGGACAGCGAGGAAAGCACCACCUCGGAAGCUACUGGGGCGACACCAACGGGCACAUCCUCGUCGUCGGCUUCGUCGGGGCGGGGCGCCGCCGUCGCGGACGCGGCCACCACCGGACGCAGCGACGGGUCUCAGCAGCCCGCGAAACGGCGCAGGUUACGCAACGUGCGCACGGCGAUUGACGACAAUGACAGCAGCUCGUCCGAGUCCGAGUCUGGGGAGAGCGGGUCCGAGGAGAGCAGCAGCGAGAGCGAGUCCGAGGACGAGGAGAUGGACAUGGGGGUCGGUGUGGCUGCGGCCGAGUCGUCGAGCUCAAGCAGCAGUUCUUCCGGGUCAGAGGCGGAAUCAGAAGCGGACUCGGAGUCUGAAGGGGAGAGCGAUUCGGGGAGUAGUGGUAGCGAUGAGGAUUGAGCACGGGUGUAAGGAUUUGUAUUGGGACGGGA